CGACAGCAUCAGUCAAGAUAUCCUGACCACCGUCGCCCCGAACAGCCCGUCCAUAACGUGCGGCCGUUCUAUUGAAGCCCUCGUGUCGCCCUGUCGCGCUUGUUGAUCUCGUCGACACGGCCCCGAGCCCGUCUUUGCAUUCUGCUGUCAUUAUCCUGCGAGGCGGAUUAGACCAACACACACGGCCAAUCCGUCCACACCAGCCCUGCCCGGCAGCCAUCGCAUCACUUUCUUCCUCACAGAAACUACACAUCGCCAGCCCGGUUUGGCCACUCCUCCAACUCUUCCAAUACAUCGCAGACAUUAUUCACCAGGCCGACGGCUGCCCGCCAGGUCCCCGUUUCUCGCCUUCUCUGACACGCACCAUUUCUUGCACCCUGUCCUGAUUCCCUCAUCUCACCCAAUUGCCCCCGUCUCACCCUGCCUGCACUUACUUACAACCUCACCAUUUUGAAUGGCACCAUGAGUGACCCUGCUCCUCAGCAACCCAGCCCGGUCAAGCGAGGCCGAGGCAGAGGACGAGGCUCCUCAGCUAGGGGCGCCGCCUCAGCUCGCGCUGGCAGAAAAGUCACAGCUGGUCGACGGGGCCGUCAAAAGAUCUACGAGACGUCUCGCGCCCAGGCAGCCCACGAGCGUCAGCGCGAUCUGAAAAAUGCCUAUGCUACCGUGGCUGCCGCAAUGAAACCGGCCCUCGAGGAGCUUGCAGAUCGGAAUAUUGACUUGCUCAAGUCGAGGUUCGACGCACACCAGGAGGUCGACCAGUACACCGACAUCACCCGCUUUCUCGACGAGCGACUCCAAGGUCGGCUGUCGGAGCUUGACGCAAAAUUGAAGCUCAGCACCUCGACCGCAGAACACGAAUGGAACGCCAAACAGGUCUACACCGGCGAAUCAUUCCACAACCGCUGGGAUGACCUCGUCGAGGACUACUUCGACGCCCAGCUCAGACGCCUCGACAUACUCGAAGCCCUGCAGAGAACGAGGGAUCCCGUCAACAAACUGGAUCUCUCCUGGAACUACAAGUCCAUCACCACAGAAGAGGCUGCCGAGCAGGGCAUCUACCGGAAGAUCUUCAAGGGUGUUGAAGUUCCAUAUCCUCACCUCCAUCCAGAGCUGGCCUCGGAGGCGAGCAAGUCUAAAGCUGCGCGUACCCCCAUCAAGCGCAAGGGCCUAGACCUCCUCGAGGGUCAGCCCACACCUAAGCGGCCGGUGAGCUCCCUGGACAACAAGGCCGGCGCAGACCUUCCCCGCCACAUUGGUGGCCUUCUCUCUGCAGUCGCACCUGAUGAGCCUGCAAGCCAGCCUCCUUCGCCUUCACCUGUUGACGAUAAUGACGACAACCAAUCACCGCCAAAUGAGCCGGCGACGGCGACCCGUGGCAGGAAGCGGAAGGUGAUCCCUGCACGGUCACCAUCGGCCGAGGCCGAGGAGUCCGAUGCUGGCGAGGAUGAGACCAUGCCUCCGCUUCCUAAUGGCGCAGCAGAACCCGACGAGUAUGGCGCAAGGCUCAUCAAUAAGAGAGCCAGGGCUGGUGAUAUGCCUAACAACCGUAUCAUGCUUCCACCACUGUUUGAGUAUGAGCCUCACGAGAUCGGCUUCCGCGACUCCACCAACGACAAAAGCCGUGGCGCCACCAAGGCCAAGCGCAAGAAGUUUCUGGGCCAGCCAAACUCUAACGCCAUGUUCUUUGACCGCACACUUUGGACAUACGACGCCACACAGUACGCCGACGGUGACCUCGAUCCGGACUUGAUCGCCAAGCACAAGUUGCAUCCCAAAUACGGCCUGUUCAUGGAGAACUCUGUCAACGAAUCAGAGUCACCUAGGCCGUAUCAAUCCGGCUGGAAACCUACGGUGUUUGUUCCACCUGAUGGCAAGAUCAUCCACACCUCCCGGUCAAUAUCUAAGGCCAAGGCCGAGGGUGCUUAUGUCAAGAAGACGCUUAAGAGCAUGCUGAGCCGGUUCAUGGCCCAGGAAGACCUGACAGAGGACGAUCUCUACGACCCAGAGACAGAAAGGCUGUUGAACGAACGCGAAGACAUUCGGAUCAAACUGGAGCAAGAAGAAGAUGAGGCUCAAGACGAGCAAGACCAGCAGUUGGGCGCCCAUAACAUCGACUUGCUCGUCAGCGCUAGCUCUGCCCUCGAGUCUCGAGACGCGCAAGAGGCUCAAAGCAUACGGGAAGCGCAGACUGUCUCGCCUGCCCUGUCACGACCUUCGACAAUGUCAAGACCAUACGACGCAGUCCGAGAUAUCUUUGGAAACUCCAACUUACCUCCUGCUACAGCUUCAACCCCACCUGUCGAAGACAGCUCGGCCAUGAAACUUCUGGCAGACAUCGCCAUUAGAGAUGCGAUUGAGCCGCGCAGCGAGCCUGUACCAAGCUCCCAUCUCGAGGAGCCGCCGCAAAUUCCCAUCCAGAUGCCCGAGCCAGUCCGUCCCAAGCAGCUGCGGGACCCUCAAGAGCUCGUGCAAGCGGAUGAGGCGAUGGAGCACCCGGACUACCCUGACCCUCAGCAAUCCGGCCAGCAGCUGGCUAUGCCUGAGCACUUCAUGGGUGGAGACCGAACGUACGCCGCGCAGCCUCAUCAGAACUACCACGACCCGCAGGUGCCACAGUCCCCCUUGGCGCCGCCCGAGCACUUUACCUAUCGAGGUCACGAGCGGCAGCAUGCAAUGCCACCGAUGCAGCCUCCGCAAUCAGCACCUGUUCACCAGGCACAACAUCCCCCAGCAGACCAUCCAGAGGCAUAUGCAUACCGAGAUGGGGAUACUCCUUACGAACAGCCACCUAUGGCACGACAUUUGCCCCAUCCGUCCGACGAGCGGUAUGUCCCCGUACCUAAUACUGACGACGCGCUCUUGGACCCCCAGCUGUUCGAGGAUGGUGAAGGACCAAAACCUCCCCAACAUCAGAAACCACAACAAGCUCAGCCAAAACAGCCGUCGCAACCAAGCUUCUUUCAAACCGCGCUCAAUUCCCCAUCCACCCCGACGCCGCAGGGGCCGCCUCAAGCUACGGAUCAUCAUGAGACUCAUCACCUACCGCAGUAUGCUGGGUCAUAUGUGGCCCCUGCUCCAAGACCAGCUGCGGGUACGGAGGGCUCACCCGGACGAACACCAUUCAGCAACCCAGCUGGGGCCGAGACACAGCCAUUGCCACCGCUGCGACCCCUACACCGUGGGUCAGGUUCUGGUCAGCUCAUGCACCCGAUAACCUCUGGGCCUCAGCCUGGCCAGCACAACGCGAUGAGCCCCAAUGACCAAGGAGCGCAUUAUCCGCCCCCGCCUCACCACCAGGCAUAUCCAGAUCAGCCAUACCCUAAUGGAUAUGGACCGGACCACCCCUUGAUGUCUACAGAGGCGGGCGCCAGACCAGGUUAUAUGGCCCAGCCAGCGGUACAAUCGGGCCAUCAGCAGCCUGCACCUUAUUCCGCGGCACAAGUUGCAUAUCCGCCGGGGGCAGCAAUUGGCGCUCAGCAUCAAGUGCAGUACGAUCAGGGCCCCGGCCAACAAGGGCAGGCUCUGCAGAGCCCUCCUCCGUACCAUAACACCCACACGGCAGUCUCGACUUCCCCAGGAAGACGAAGCGGCAGCAUAUCAUCCACCCGCAAUAACAGCAGCAACAACAAUAACAACAAGCAGUACCGCGAGAUCAAGCCCGCUCCCCGGCAGGCCGAGACGUGGGACAGCAACGGGUCGGAGCUGCGCACCCUGAUGUACAACCCGUAUGAAGGCAUCAGGGACUACUCUGCCACAGCACCACCGCCGUCCCACGGCCCCACGCAGAUCAGGGGAUGGACGCACACGACGGGGAGCAGGAAGUCGCGUGGUAAGAAUUCGACGGACUCGGCGACUGACUCUUUGCCGGCCCGGGAAGAGAAGAAGUAGGGUUCUUCUUCCGGCCAGCAGAGGGCACAGUCAGAAAUGUUGGCUCAGCCAAGCCGCUCUCCAUUUGUGCCUAUCAUGCCAGCGCCCGCGAAAUCGCCGCCCACUAUACCGUCCACAAAUUCAGCGCCGAAGCCAAGGCAGGCUUACACGAUCGAUGCCCUCCCAUUGAAAGGUCUCACAACGAAAGAAGCCAUAGGGCAAGGCCCCCAAAAGCAAGAGACGACUCAAUCAGGACCAGCUCAGGGCUCACGAAGAAAGCCAUCUUGGGGCCCAGCAACACGCCCACCAACCCCUCAAAGCAGUAGCAAGAAGCGAGGGACAGCUGACAAGGAGGAACGCUCCAGACGAUCGGCUGAACGCCAGAAGACUGAGCAGCAAGGCCCACCCGGCUCUCCACCAGCGACAACGCUCGGGUUCCGACCUGCCAACCGUGGCCCACCUUCUUCGGAGGACCUCGAAUUGGCCGGGUCUCCCAAGAAAGCCCAAUCAGACUCUGGAGGCGAGGAAGCUGAAGGGGAUCCAUCCUCGCCGCAAGCAACUGCAUCCAGGCGGGUGACUGAGCUGAGAGGGCCUAGAACGAGAAGAUCUUCCAGAUCAUCGCCGAGACGGAGCAGCUCGAGGCUCAGGAGCGGUCUGAGUAAAGAGUGGUCGAUGGACUCGUAAAGCAUGUCAUGGAUCGGGCAUUGGGGGUCGCGGCACCAGAUGCAUUGGACAAUUCCCCCCAUUUUCCUUACCCAUAGUGUUCUCCCUCAUCUCUUUUCUCAUCAUCAACCACAUUUUCUCACAAGCACCAGCACAGCAGAUUUUGUUGCUGUCGCAAGGUCCCUUUGGCAAAGAAAAGCGCGCCGUUCUUGUUAGAGUCAUUUGGACAUAUGCAUUUCGGCGUUCAGGAACAACCAAAAAACCAGGGCAUGUACAGGUCACGGCAGAGGGAGGGAAGAUACCCUUCUCGGCGCGAUUGUUUUAUUCCUUUUUCCCCUUCCCACGUUUUCCUCUCACGUAUACCUUUUUUCCUGCUUUUCGCCCUCUCAUUGCGGAUCGUCUUUUUUAUUUAUUUCCCAGACACGGAUAGUGUCUUGCAACAGGCCAGCAGCCACGGCCUCCGCAUUUACAGGUCAAUGAAGGCAUCAAAGGAGGGUAGGGAUCUAGCAAGCAUGCUUUAAUAAUCAAAUUCUAACGAAAAGAGCACGACCUAGCGCGCUCUUGUGCGAGUGACAUGUCAGACAUGCCCCUGCAUCUGUACAACGGGACCUCGUCCUGUGUCUCGUCGUACGAUCCAGUAGAAAUCCCUCAAGCCGAAGCAGCUGCCAGCCCGCUCUUCUCCGAGCUCCUCUGCUCCUCGAGCCUCUUGAGCUCCUCCUCCUUCCACCUCUCCUGGAUGCGCAGCCUCUCCGGGACGAUCCCCUCCCGCGGAUGAGUGAUCUCCCACCCCUCAAGGCCCACCCCUUCCUUCCCCAGCA